CAGAAACCACACCUCCAUCGCCUUUUGCUCAGUGUCAUUUUUUCCACAUGCCUCUACGACUUAAAAGCCUUUGAUCUUGAUGUCAUAUAUCACGCUUUAAAUCUUGCCAGAUCUAAAACACCCAUUCACCUGGAGACACAUGUGUCAAGUCGGCAUGGGGCUUAUAUGAGCGAGUCUACAUGUUCACCUCCAGACGGCACCAAACAAGCCUCUCCUUCUUACCCCAAUUGGAUGUGCCCCUUUUGUCAUUGUUUAUUAGCCCCUUUAUUUUGGAAGGCGUGACUUCAGGAAACCUCCAAACAAAACACGUUAUCAAGAUUCGACGAGAAUUUUGAAGAGACCUUUGGGGCUCUCUAGAAUGGCCCCUACUACUUCAGCGUCCGUGCUGGCGGGCAAGGAAGAAUCGCGCAAUGAUCAAGAGCUAAAGCCCGACACCAGAGCUGAGAGCUACUCUCAGUUACAUGUUGAGACUGUGAGCGGCAUCAACUUGACAGCAGCCACCUUUGUUGCGGGUGCAGCAUCCUCCACCGCAGCCGGGCUUCUCCUCUCUGGUCUAUCAUGGCUAUGGCUCAUCUCCCUCGUCAUCACCGUCGGGAUAGUGCUUGGUACCUUUAUUGUCUACCGGCACUUUGAAAUGAUACGCCGGCGUCAAAAGCCAGGUGGCAGCUGGCUCGUCCCCAGCAAUACGCCCCAACCCAAUGCCGCUGGCACACAAGUUCCCAACACCACCUCUCUUCCUGCUAUUUACUUCACAUAUAUACUUGGCUCUGGUGGACACACUGCUGAGAUGAUUGAGACCAUCAAGCAGUCAUUUCGCGGCCAGGCAAACAUCCACCGGCGGUACAUCAUCUCCAUCGGAGACACUUCCUCUCUCGGCAAGGCCCGCCUUCUGGAAGCGACUAUCAAGGACGCCUAUCCCGGAGAAGAUGAUCGAGCAGGCACCUCUGAUAUCUUCUUAAUCCGCCGUGCGCGCAAGGUCCAUCAACCGCUCUAUACGGCACCCUUUACCUGCCUCAUAUCCGCCUUUCAUGCCGCCAAUGCCCUCACACGGAUGCCCAACCCACGGUCAACAAAGGAUCAUGGAAAGGGAUUCAGAUACCCGCAUGUGAUUGUUACAAAUGGGCCUGCCAACGGCUUUAUUGUGUGUUUGGUGGCCCACUUGCUCAAGAUAUUCUACCUCGUACCCGAAAACAGGGCCAAGGUGGUGUACAUCGAGACCUGGGCCAGGUCCAAGACGAUGAGUCUGACGGGGAAGUUGUUUCUAAAAACGGGCAUUGCCGAUGUUGUCGGUGUGCAGCACGAGAGUCUGGCGAAAAUAUUCAAGGGCAGUCAGUAUAUCGGGCCGGUGUCUGCCGGGUUUCUUCGAAGAUAGGCGACCAGGCUCCUGAAUCACAUGUACUUCUACAAAGUCUCUUGCCCUCUCUAUAUGUACAAAGAGACGUGAUAUUCUUACACUUGUGCACGAGUGGGCCGGCAUCGUCUUUCCCCGACACGGAUGGGUAUCAGCCACGCUAUACCACUCUGUCCCUCCCCUUUUACUCCAAUUCGUUGCCUUAAU